UGGUGGAGGUGUCGGCCUUUGGGCGGAUGUUGACAUUGUGUUGUUGUUAUCCCUGAUGAUAAUGGCGGCGGCGGCGACGGCCGGGACCCCAUCUCCUCUGUAGCCGGAGCCGAGGCAGCCAAGACCGAUUUCCGCGGCCUCUGAGCCCGCGGCGGCGACUCCCCUCAGCCUCCGCCGCCUCGCCAGCCCGUACCCCCGGCCCCAGCCCUUGGAGUCAGGCCCCUUUGAGUAGGGGGUCUUGGAGGCUCAGGAUGGCGGAUUUCGACGAGAUCUAUGAGGAGGAGGAGGACGAGGAGCGGGCCCUGGAGGAGCAGCUGCUCAAGUACUCGCCGGACCCAGUGGUGGUCCGCGGCUCCGGUCACGUCACCGUAUUUGGACUGAGCAACAAAUUUGAAUCAGAAUUCCCUUCUUCAUUAACUGGAAAAGUAGCUCCCGAAGAAUUUAAAGCCAGCAUCAACAGAGUUAACAGUUGUCUUAAGAAGAACCUUCCUGUUAAUGUACGUUGGCUACUUUGUGGCUGCCUUUGUUGCUGCUGCACAUUAGGUUGCAGUAUGUGGCCAGUUAUUUGCCUCAGUAAAAGAACACGAAGAUCGAUUGAGAAGUUAUUAGAAUGGGAAAACAAUAGGUUAUACCACAAGCUGUGCUUGCACUGGAGACUGAGCAAAAGGAAAUGUGAAACGAAUAACAUGAUGGAAUAUGUCAUCCUCAUAGAAUUUUUACCAAAGACACCGAUUUUUCGACCAGAUUAGCAUUUAUUUUAUUUACAGAGACUUUCCAAGUAUGUUGUCUUUCCAAUGGUGCCUUGCUUGGUGCUCUCCUGGUGGUGACAUAACAUUGGUUCUACAGAAUCGUGUGGUGUUUUUUUCUGUUUUUUUUUUUGGUUUUGUUUUUUUUUUAAAUAACCGCAUGUUCUAAGUGUGCAUUUUUGUCAAACUUUGCAAGUUAUUUCAUACAAAUGUUUAAUACUUAAGUUAUUGUGCUCUUUUCUGUUAUGUAUUCUGAUUUUCAAGGAUUACUUUUUUGUAUUAUCGAAAAAAUACAUUUGAAAUUAGCAUAAAAA